GAGGAGGGAGAGGUGAGAAGGUAGAGGUAGGCAGACACAGAGAUGCAGUGCUACAGUGAGAGUGUCCGCGAGGCUGCAGCUCUUCAUCCUCUCAUCAAGGACCAUGAUGUGCUUGGGAGCUGUGCUGUGCAUAUUCACCGCAGGAGCAGGGAAUGCAGAUAGGAGUUCACCUUGAGCCGGAGUCCAGCAGUGGCUCACUGGACCUUUUUUGGACUACAAAUAACGCAUACUGGUCCUGCAGGUAGAGGCAACUGAGAUUUAAUUAGAUCCGACAAUCUGAGUCUGUAACUUUUGGAUUGUUGCUGACUUCCACUAGGAGGUCUGAAUUGAAAAAGCUGUAUAUUUUGGCAGAGAACUGUCUGUUGUCUUCAAAUCUAAACAGUGAUAUCCAUCACUCACGCUGGAAUCCCGCAAAGCCAAGCAGGUCCUGCAGCCCAGGAACCCUGGAGCCAGCUUGACCUUAGACCGACUGUCGCCUGAACCCCUCUUGGCACCAGCAGAAGCAUCCAGCAUGCCUCAGACCAGAGGACGGUACCACAACAAAAAAGCUGGCAUCCGGGCUGCUGUCAUCCUGAUCGGACUCCUGCACAAGUCUCGCAAAGCCAAGGAAAAGGAGAAGGAGAGGGAGAGAGAGAGAGAGGAGAGCGAAGGGAAGCAGGAGCUGCUGAACAUCUCCAACGUCCCUCUAGGAGAAUGUCCCCCCUCACCACCCCGCACUGCCCCACCCAGCAUGAAGUCUGCAGAGUUCUUCGAUAUGCUGGAAAGGAUGCAGGUCCCUAGACCUGAAGAGACCAAAAAAUGGAAGGACGACUAUAUCCCCUACCCACGGAUAGAAGACAUCCUGGAGAAAGGUGGUCCGUAUCCCCAGGUAAUCCUGCCCCAGUUUGGUGGCUACUGGAUUGAGGAUGCUGAGGCAUUCGUUGGAACCCCUUCCUCAUCAGAGUCCAGUUUCUGUGAGGAAGAGGAUGGAGGUGAGGGCAUGAGCCCCGGUGGGGUGCAUAGCUACCGCCUGGAGUGUAACAGCACAGCGCGAGCCUACCGCAAACACUUCCUAGGAAAGGAGCACAUGAACUACUACUGCACUGGCAGCAGCAUAGGCAACCUCAUCAUGUCUCUGAAACACGAGGAGGCUGAGGGCCAGGAGUUCCUACGCAUCAUGCUCAGAUCAAAGACCAAAACAGUUCAUGACAGAAUCUCUUUAGCUGGGCUCAACCAGCUGCCCAGUGUACCUCAAAUUGCAAAGCUUCUAUGCGAUGAUGCCACGGGGCUGAAGUUCAACCCAGUCCUGUACCCUCGGGGAUCCCACUUGAUAGUGGGCUAUGACGAGCAUGAGGUGAACAACACAUUCAAAUUUGGAGUCAUCUACCAGAAGUUUGGACAAACAUCUGAGGAAGAGCUAUUUGGGAACAAUGAGGAGACGCCUGCUUUCAAGGAGUUUCUCAGUAUCUUAGGAGACAACAUUGAACUUCAGGAUUUUAAAGGGUUCCGUGGUGGGUUGGAUGUAUCUCAUGGACAGACGGGGUCUGAGUCUGUCUACACUGUCUUCAGACAGAGAGAGAUUAUGUUCCAUGUGUCAACUAAGCUUCCCUUCACUGAGGGCGACGUUCAGCAGCUCCAAAGGAAAAGGCACAUAGGAAAUGAUAUUGUGGCUGCAGUGUUCCAGGAAGAGCCCACACCGUUUGUUCCGGACAUGAUCGCCUCCAACUUCCUGCAUGCUUAUGUGCUGGUGCAGGCUGAGAACCCUUGUACAGAGUACACAACCUACAAGGUGUCUGUUACAGCAAGGGAAGACGUCCCUUCUUUUGGGCCACCUCUCCCAAACCCAGCAGUCUUCAAAAAGGGUCCUGAGUUUCGUGACUUCCUGCUGACAAAGCUGAUCAAUGCUGAAAACGCCUGCUACAAAUCUGACAAAUUCGCCAAACUGGAGGGGCGCACGCGAGCAGCGCUGCUGGACAACCUCCACGAUGAGCUGCACCGGCAGAGUCAGGCCGCUCUGGGUCUGGGCCAGGUUGGGGAGGAGGACAAGCUGGAGAACGGUGGACACGGUGGUCUGCUGGAAUCAUUCAAGAGAGCCAUGCGUGUGAGGAGCCACUCUAUGGAGACCGUGGUGGGGUCUCACCGUCACCGGAGCCCUGGGGUUGGAGGUGGAGUCCCAGCCAGCCUCAGUGGUGGAGGACUUCCUCAGAGCACCAGUGAAUGCACAAAGAGCACCUUUACUCCUCCCGGUCUGUCAGCCAAGUCUCCUCUGAAGAGCCCUGUGAAAAGGCGCUCAGGUCUCUUCCCUCGCCUCCACUCCAGCACAGAAACCCCAUCAGACAAACACACGCGCAGCGACCAAAAGCCAGCAGAGAUCUGUCCACUUUCCCAGGAAGUCAGAUCAGAGACAUCAUCCAAUCCCAGCUCACCUGAGAUCUGCCCCAAUAAAGAGAGGCCUUUCAUCAAGCUGAAGGAGUGCAGCAGCAGCAGGCCCAACAUCUCUCGUUCUUCAUCCAGCACCAGCAGCUUCAGCAGCACCACAGGAGAAACAGAAGCCCUGGAGGAACUGGAGACAGCCGGUCAUCCAUCUGUAGCUUCUUCCUCUGCCUUCAGCCCUGCUCUCAGCAUUGACAGCCAGGGAUCUGGUACACCCAUCAUCAUGUGCCGCAGUCCAACAGAUGGGAAAAGUAAGACAUCACCCAGGUCAAACUUGAAGUUUCGUUUUGACAAAAUGAGCCACUCAUCCACAACUUCUGAGUAGUUAUGUGGAACUGGAAAAAAAACUGACUUGCACAAUGAAGAGGCGAGACGAACGAAGGAAACUUAAAAAAAAUCACAACAACAAAAACACAGCUACUUUCUAUAACCACGAGCAAAGGAUAAUCCGGCAACCAGCUAUACACCAGAGACCCCCCCACACAUACUAUAAACCUACUGACAAAUACUGUGAGUGUAACAUGAGGGGAAGCAACCGACAUCUUCACUUUCUUUUCAACUGACUUAGCUGCUGAAAUGACUAAAAACUUGCUGCAUCAUAAUUGUUGAUUGUUCCCUGCGUGGCUGUAAUACUGUGUAGGCCGAGCUAGACUCCGCCUCUGCUUUUUCUUAAACAUCCUCUUUCUUAGAGACACAAGUUUAUGGCUGAACUGUUAGUCGACUGUUUAGUACUCAGUGGAAAUAAUUACAGACAACAGGAUGUUCCUUUUUACCCUUGUCUUUGAAUGGUACAUUUGGUAAAAGUUUCUCUUUUACCUAAAAAAAAACAAGGCAGAGACAAAGACAAAUUAAAAACAUGCACAGAACUUAAUGUCCAAUAGACACAAUGGCAAAGCCUUGAAGGUGUCAACACUGGAUGUCUUUUUUUCUCGACUGUGGGAUACAAACUUGUUCUUUGUGUAAAUUAUUGCUUUUCUAGAGGACAAUUAUGAUUUUGGAGAUGCUUUUGUAACCAUGCUAGCUGCUGCAUUGUGUCCACAGCACUAUAAAGUUGACAUGCCUCCUCCUAGCACAUCAUUUCUGCAUCUGUAGGGGUAACCUCAAAGCCCUGGUUAGUAAAAAUUAGUACACUGGGGAACAGUUGGAGACAGCUGCCAACACAUUUUGCCACUAGCUUAUUUUAGCCAAAGCUGCGCCUUACAAUCUAUCAAAAGCCCUUUUCUCCGUCUGUGUGUUCUGUCUCUAUGUGCCUCUCACUAUGUGAGAGGAUGAGAAUUUUUCGGGAUCUGGUUACAGCACAGUUGUGGGUAGCUGAACAACACCCACAUUUGCUGAAAAUAGACGUUGCACUUAGUGAAAACAUUUCACCUCCUUGAACCUCCCAUUGAAGCUUGCUAUCUUAGUGUAACAGUGUGUUUGUCUGGUGGUGCUUUUGAAAAGGAAAGUCUCUUCAGGUUUUUUUUUUUUUAGUUUCCCAGCAGGGGAGCUGAGGAAGAUGACUUGAAAAAAGAUGCUUCAGGUUGCAGUGAACCUUUGAACCUCCUUUUACUAAAACACUUGAAUGCAAAUGAUUUUUUUUUCCAAAUGUUUAGCUUUCUGCCUUAUUAGUCUUUUCAAAGUCAAAAAUUGCAAAGCCAGUUACUCACAAGCACAAAGGGCCAUCUCUCCUCUUUAAUUUUCAAUUAUUCGGCAUUAUUAGCCCAGUACAGCACAAACUGGGAUUAAUCAGCAAAGACUUCAAAUAAAUUUUAUGAUUUAUUUUGUGGUAUAAUGUGAAGUACUAAUGAGCAGUAAUACUUGAGAUUCAGUUGACCAUUUUUAAAAAAAAACUGGGUGGGUUAAAUCCCAUUCAUGAUCGGAAACUCGAGGUUCAGGGUAAAAGUGGACACGUGUUCAGCUGUAUCUGGAACGGAAAACUUCAGAUUCUUGACACUCUGCUGCUAGGAGUGUUUUCUUUCUGUGUUGGGAAGCUCUGCUCUUUCCAGAUCAAAGCACUGUGAGAGUAAUGGGAAGUUUCUAAUCCCAUUCACUGCUGAGCACAAGCUGGUCUUCAUCCCGAGCCCAGCUGGUUUCCAACUAUGAAUGGGGAUUUCACACACCUGGAUAAUGAGGUUUUAACCUAGUAAGAGAUAUGAAUCAGUCACUGAACGGUUAGGAGUGAAUAAACUGAGCUGCAAUGUCACUUAAUGUUGUUAGUGGCAUGAGUUCAGAAGAAGCAGCAGUCACAGAGGAAAACAACACCUGUGGUGGACAUCUACUAGGUGAAAAUACAAAGAGACAUACAGUAAUAUCUGGACAUAUGGUGGUCAGUCAUAUGUUUGUUCUAAGCAAAAACAUCUAGUGGUUCUUUUGCUAGAAGAGAUGAAAUUUGUAAAGCAUUUUACAUUUAGGUAAAUUUAUAAGUCUUCAUUUAAACAUGCAAAAACCACAUAAAGCUACCACUUAAUUUAAACCUUUUUGCAUAUCAGUGAAAGUAGGCUAUCUGUUUUUUAUGCUUCCGUUCAACUUUUUUCCACAUGCAAAUAACAAAUGACAAUACAAAUCCAGCUGCUAUCGUAUGUGCAGUAGACUGCAGUCAGAGCACCAUCAAUUCACUGAAUAACAAAUUAAUCCUGACGGAGAGCUAAACUAACUUUACUCAGAGCAGGACCAUAGAAGAGGCCAUUUUCACUUUAAAAACAACUCAAAGAGAGUCUGAUUAAAUUAUCACUGUGGUUUAUGGAAUCAUCAUUGCUUUUGCACCACUCAGUUCUUUUAACUUUGUACUAUUUUCUCAGUCAAUCAACAUCCACAUUGCUCUUUGCCAUUGCAUGCAAUUGGUGGCAUAUUAUACUGUAUCCUGCCAGUCUAAUCACACACAUGACAACUGUGAGACCAUGAAGAUGGAUGAAAAGCUCGGAACACACACGCACUGUUGAGAAAAUAAAGUAAUAACUGUAUGAUGCAAAAGUGAAAUUACAGAAAGAAUCUGGUGUGACAUUUUUGAAGUUUGAGUUGUUUUAGAUAGUAAAAAUUCAACCUUUGGCAGCUUCCCUUUGAGUACCCCUUUGCUUAGUUCCUCUAUCAGAAAUCCUCUCCGCUUCUCCAAACUAAGCACGCUGUUAUCUACUGCAGGUAAUACACUGAGACCAAAAAUCUCCUUGCUUUUAAUUACUCAUGCACAUCAUUAUCAUGGCUGACUCGUGAGUUUUGUGUUUGUGCACAUCCUCAAAUAUUAUUUGUUUGCAAGCUGUUAUAUGUGAGUGACCAGUAAGGGCAGUGUAGGGACCAAUCUGACUGGCUGUAAAGUAAAAGGGUCGACAGCAUUAAAAAUGAAAAAAUGAUGGAAAGUUGGAAAUACACAACAGUUUGCUUGUUUUAGGGGCCUUACAUAUCAUCUGUAAUCACCCUAAUCUCAAAAUUAACCAAAUACUAAGUUCCUCUAUUGUCACCAUGUUUGUCAUUAUGUUGACGUUCUAUAAAUUCAACAACUAAAUCGAGUUCUCUAACAUGCCCCCUAGUGGAAUCCUCUAGUAACAAAUGAAGUAAACAGUUAUGCUCAAGGCUGAAAAAACAAGUAUAUUCUCAGCCUAACUGCUCAAAAGUACUUCAUCCAACGCCACUGGACAGAAAAAACACUGAUUAGUAAAAGAAUCCCUUUAAAUGCAUAGACGAGUUUCCAGUGUGACCAAACAACCAAACCUAGGGGCCUUUGGAGGAUUGUCUGUGUACUCUCACUGUGCUGUUAUUGAUGUUGACUUAGUAGUAUAAAGAUUUACAGGCUCAGUUUGCCCAAGUUUCAACUUUCAUUUAUCUUUUAAGCUAUUCUAAAAUAAGCUACUUCAGUAGUACCUUUCUCAUAUGCCUGAAUAAAAAAAUGCAUGUGCUGACAAUUACACAAAAUGCUCAGAUGGUGUGGACCAGUGAUUACCUCGAGUAAGGGAAGCAGGGACAGAAAUCUUCUGAACAAAAGCAGGAUGUUCAGAUGUGGUGUAGUUUGUAGCAGGUAUCCUCAUAAACCCCUUCAGCCUCUUUUCUCUGACAUGCUUAAUUUAUUAAAUGAGUUUUUUUCUUUUUCUUUUUUUUUUUUUGCAUUGAUGUCAUGUACAAAAUGUCACUGCAGAGUACGCUAAUUGAAGUAAAUGAUUAAAGGAAAUAUAUUAAUUUAAGAGAUGUCUGAACAUGUAUAUGUAUAUUUGGUUCUGUAAUGUGCCAUUGAAAAUUUAUUCUAAAAUAAAAUGUUGUAUUUUUUGUGUCA